AAGUUAGUGAUGUGAACUUAGUAAAAUAGUGAUCCUAAAAAUCAUGUAUUGAAUUUUGGAAAAGUCAAAAUAUGUAGCUAAUUUAGCAAAGAUCCUUGCAAUAAAGAAGAAUAUACCAGCUGGAUUAAGAGGAUGCUUAACCAAUCUUCAUCUUCAUCUUCAUUUCAUUCAAUUCCAACAAAUUCAUAAUCAUGAUCCCUCACACAAUACUCUUCACCUUACUCUUAUCCUCAACCUUCACCUCUACCCUCGCCCAAUCAAAACCCACCCUAACAGUAACCCCAACCACCCUCACAAAAUCUGGCGACACCGUCACCCUCCGGUGGUCCGGUAUCCAAUCCCCCUCCGAUCUCGACUUCCUCGCAAUCUACUCCCCACCUACCUCCGCCCACAAAAACUACAUCGGCUACCUCUUCCUCUCCAAAUCCCCCACCUGGCAAUCCGGCUCCGGCAACCUCUCUCUUCCUCUCAUCAACCUCCGUUCCAACUACUCCUUCCGUAUCUUCCACUGGUCCCAAUCCGAAAUCAACCCUAAACGUCAAGAUCACGAUCAUAAUCCCUUACCACAAACGCAUCACCUUCUUGCUUUCUCUGAUGAAGUUUCUUUUCCAUCCCUUCGACCGGAGCAGAUUCAUCUUGCUUUUGCAGAUGAAGAAGAUGCUAUGAGGGUGAUGUAUGUGACGGGGGUUCCGAAGAAGACGUAUGUGAGAUAUGGAGAAAGAGAGGAUAUGAUGGAUAGAUUGGUUGUUGCGAAUGUGAAGAGAUAUGAGAGAGAGCAUAUGUGUGAUGCUCCUGCUAAUCAGAGUGUUGGUUGGAGGGAUCCUGGGUUUAUUCAUGAUGCUUUGAUUACUGGUUUGGACAAAGGAAGAAGAUAUUACUACAAGGUUGGAAAUGAUAAUGGAGGUUGGAGUGCAACCCAUAGCUUUGUGUCGAGGAAUAGUGAUUCAAAUGAAACAAUAGCUUUCCUUUUCGGUGACAUGGGAACAUUUACAGCAUACAAUACGUAUUUGCGUACACAAGAUGAGAGCAUAUCAACCAUGAAGUGGAUCCUGCGUGAUGUUGAAGCUCUAGGAAACAAGCCCGCCUUUAUAUCACACAUUGGAGACACAAGUUAUGCAAGAGGUUAUGCGUGGUUGUGGGAUCAUUUUUUCGCACAGAUUGAACCUGUUGCAACCAAAGUGGCAUACCAUGUAUGCAUUGGCAAUCACGAGUAUAACUGGCCUUUACAGCCGUGGAAACCUGAUUGGGCUAAUUAUAGAACAGAUGGAGGUGGUGAAUGUGGUGUACCCUACAGUUUAAGGUUCAACAUGCCAGGAAACUCUUCAGAACCCACUGGAACUGUAGCUCCAGCCACUAGGAAUCUUUAUUACUCAUUUGAUAUGGGAGCAGUACAUUUUGUUUAUAUUUCCACAGAGACCAAUUUCCUUCCUGGGAGCAAUCAGUAUAACUUCUUAAAGCGUGAUUUGGAAUCAGUUGACAGGAACAAGACUCCUUUUGUAGUAGUCCAAGGGCACCGACCCAUGUACACAACAAGCAAUGAAUUUAGGGAUGCUGCGUUAAGAGGAAAGAUGGUUGAGCACCUGGAACCUCUAUUGGUGAAUAACCAUGUAACCCUUGCCCUUUGGGGUCAUGUUCAUAGGUACGAGAGAUUUUGUCCACUAAACAACUUUACUUGUGGAAAUGGUGUGGGUCGGAGAGCAGGGGAAAAAGGUCAUACCAUUCAUCUUGUGAUCGGCAUGGCAGGGCAAGACUGGCAACCCAUGUGGCGACCAAGACCGGAUCAUCCCGAUGUCCCAAUCUAUCCACAACCAAAACGAUCUUUGUACCGCGGGGGUGAGUUCGGAUACAUUAGAUUGAUGGCUACAAAGCAGAAUCUCGUGAUUUCUUAUGUUGGUAAUCAUGAUGGCGAGGUGCAUGACACAUUGGAGAUUCUGGAAUCUGGAGAAGUUGUUAGUGGUGGUGGUGGUAACGAUAAUGUUAAUGGCGGUAUUGGUAGUGCUAAACCUGAAGGUCAGAUUAAAGAAUCCACGUUGUCGUGGUAUGUCCAGGGAGGAAGUGUACUAGUGCUUGGGGCCUUUAUGGGCUACAUUCUUGGUUUCGUUUCACAUGCUAGGAAGAAGCAGCCCGAGUCCAGGAGUGGUUUUAGCCCCGUGAAGACUGAGGAAACAUGAUUAGUUAUUAGCCUUUAUAACUUUUUUUUAUAGGAAGGUUUGAAAUUAAGUAUCUCUUCUAUUUGUUUUUAUCAAAACCCCAGUUGCAGCUGGUAUAUGCUUGGGGUCUUAUGUUUUGUACAUAUGCAAUUUUUCUUCCUGAGGACUUGCCAUUUAAGGUAUUCCUUGUAGUGAUUUGUUUUGUUCUAUAAUAUGUUCAAGUUAUAUGUACA